AUGGCUGCCAUGGCCGUCGACCCGUCCUCACCAGCAGCCCCCGGCGGCACCGGCGGCACCGGCGACAGCGACAGCACCGGCAGUACCGCGACCGGACAGCCACAGCGGCGGCUAGCGGCACUGCCCACGGCCAAUCCGAUUCCGCUCUCGGCCUCGCAGGAGGCGCAGGUGCGGGAGCUCUACUACGACCGGGUGCGGCAGCAGUGCCAGGCGGAGAUCAAGGCCUUUGCCGAGUGCGCGCUUGGCCGGACCUUUUCGGUCGUGUUCGCAUGCCGCGAACACAACAAGGCGAUGAAUGCCUGCCUCAAGGGACAUGCGACGCCAGCGGCACUGGACGCGGCACGCGAGGAGUGGUUCGCACGGCGGACAGAGCGAGCGGCCGAGCGACAGCGCAAGGCGCGACGCAAGGCCGAACAGGAGAAGCUGCUGAGGGCAUGGUGGGGUCUCGAGGGAGCAGACGGGUCAGCCGGCGUGGAGGACGUGCAGGCGCGGCGGCGACGGCUGGAGGAGGAGAAGAUGUCGCGACCGGAGCGGUUCGGCGGGUUUGCGGCCAAGGACCGGCCGCGGUUUGAGGAGCAGCCGGGAGAGAAGAGGUGA